CAGCCCCGCUCCUUGGCAGGGUGACUGGGCAGAGGCUCGCCCGGGAGUGGGCUCCACAUGGGGAACAUCAUUCGGGCCCUUGUGGCCUUCAUCCCCACCGACCGCUGCCAGAGUUACGUGGUGGGAGAGCUCCGGGAGAUGCCUCUGGACAGGACGGUGGAUCUGAGUGGGAGUCAGCUGCGUCGCUUCCCGCUACACGUGUGCAACUUCACCGAGCUGGUGAAGCUCUACCUCAGCGACAACCGCCUCCACAGCCUGCCUCCAGACCUGGCCCAGCUGCAGAACCUGCAGAUCCUGGCCUUGGAUUUCAACAACUUCAAAGCCCUUCCCCAGGUGGUGUGCACCUUGAAACAGCUCUGCAUCCUCUACCUGGGUAAUAACAAACUUUGUGACCUCCCGGAUGAGCUCAGCCUGCUCCAGAACCUCCGCACCCUGUGGCUGGAGGCCAACUGCCUCACCCAGCUGCCCGAGGUGGUGUGUGAGCUGAGCCUCCUGAAGACCCUGCAUGCGGGUUCCAACGCCUUACGGCUGCUGCCCGGCCAGCUCCGGCGCCUGCGCGAGCUCAGGACCAUCUGGCUCUCCGGCAACCAGCUCGCCGACUUCCCCCCUGUGCUUCUGCGCAUGCCCUUCCUGGAGGUGAUCGACGUGGAUCGGAACAGUAUCCGCUACUUCCCCAGCCUGGCCCACUUGACUAAUCUGAAGCUGGUCAUCUACGACCACAACCCUUGCCGAAAUGCCCCCAAGGUGGGCAAAGGUGUGCGCCGUGUUGGGAGAUGGGCAGAUGAGACGCCAGAGCCUGAGCCCAGAAAAGCAAGGCGAUAUGCACUGGUCCAGGAAGAGAGUCAAGAGCCACCUGCUCCCCUUCUUCCUCCCAGCUCAUGAAGAGCCUCUCAGUUGUAGGCCAGUUUAAGAGGGCGUAACUGUUCUGAAGACAGUCUCAUUAGAACGGAAGAGUCCCGGCUCACCCCAAGGCUGAUGGAGAGCCAGGUGAGAUGUUGUAUCUAAAGGGAUAUUGAGAAGAAAGCAUUUCCGGUCCAAUGCACCUCUUCCUAGGAAGGUGUGGGCUGUUUGUUGGUGGCCUGGAACCCACCCAGAGUGACUGUCGCUCCUGAAGCAGCUUCUUCAAAUAAGCUAUUUUGAAACACUGAAGAGAAGAAGGGCCAGGGCCCUUUGGCCUCUUCCACUACCCAGAAAUGGCUGGUCCUGAGGCUGGUGAGUGCUUCAAAUAUGAUACGUUAAAAUAAACAAAAACUAUCAAACGCUCAGGUGGUCUGUCUCUAGCACCUCACACUUAUCUAUUUCUUUACCAUGAAUAGUAUCAAUGUACUGUUACUAAUUUGGCUCCUGAACAGGACACCUCUACCUAGUCAAUCUUGAUUCAAAGGAAAGAGCUGUUGUUACAAAGAUCUCACUUGUCCAGCACCCACUGCAAAGACCAGAGAGGAGCCUCUUGGUGGAGCUGGGCCCCUCCCAUCUUCGCAAUGGUUCAUGCCAGCUCCACUCAUUUCCCCUACAAGGUCUGGCCUAAGAUCUGCUCAGUUGACUGUCAUCUGGAAAGCUAAGCCUUUCUUCCCAAUGCAGCCACGUGACUCCAGCAGUGAGUCUGGGCGGCCCUCCGGAGCAGAGCCAGGCUUCCAGAGAGUCAUACUAUGUUAAAGGUAGAACGUAAACAUCAGUUCACUUAAGCACUUGAAGCUUGAAUUGGAGGUCACAGGGUCGCCUGGAAGUCUCUGUCUUAUACGUACACAUUCUGGCCUUUUAUCACAGUUUGGGUUUUAAUUCAUAGGGUCUUUUGCCAGUCUACAAACCUAGGUAUUUGGGGCAUUAUUUAUGGAAGUAUGUAAAUUGAGACUAUAACAAAUACAUAAAUUCUAAACUAACUGUCAGCAGAUUACCUAAUAAUCUUUCCAAAACACAAGGACACAAAUUGUCAUCCUACCUAGACAAACCAUCCUGAGCUUUUAGAGCUAUGGGAGGAUCUGACCUUCACAAGCACAGUUCUGAAUCCUUCCAGAAAUACUGCUGGCUAAGUCAGAGGCAGUCCCAGAGUAUCACAUAACCCUGUCACCACCUCCCCAUACAGAGCACCUGCAGCUGAGAGAUCAGACCACCAAAGAUGCCUCUAAUCAUUAAAUAAAGUACGUUUACAUCCA